AUGACGGUCGAAACGCAUUUAUCCUACCCAUCCCAGCCCUCGCCCUCACCUUUGUCCUCCGUCGCUGGUCCUUCCGGCUUAUCCUCGUUCCCUUCUUCUGGACAACAGCCUCGGUCUCGUACGCUGCUCAAAGACAGACUAUAUGUAGGAAAUCUGUCACAUUCGGUGGAUGAACAUGCCCUCAUCCAGAUCUUCUCGAAGUUCGGAAAACUCUCCAACCUCGAUUACCUCUUCCACAAGUCGGGACCGCUCAAGGGGAAACCAAGAGGAUAUGCGUUCGUCGAGUACGUCGAUCCGGCUGACGCCGAACGCGCACUCACCAAAGCGCACGAUAAACUCCUCCGCGGUCGUCGUCUCGUCGUCACGUUCGCGCAUCAAGCGCCUACGGACGCCUUCCCUGGUGGUGGAGAUAGGGGAUAUAGGAGGAUGGUGAAUGAGGCGGGAAGACCGACUGCGUUGAGUUUGUUGAAGAGUGCGCAGGAGGGGGGUAGGGAUCGGACGAAAGAUAAGAUCGCGAUCAUGGAAGCCAAGCUUCGACAGCUCGAGAAA